AUGGAAUAUAUUCCUGCAACACUCUUCGCCUUUCCUCCGCCAUCGAGCGCUGUCUGCCCCCCUCGCCUUCUCGCCAUAUCUUCUCACAAGACUUUCAGAAUCAAGCGAUUCUUAGCCAAGAAACAAAAGCAAAAUUGUCCUAUUCCUCAGUGGAUUCGGAUGAAAACUGGCAACAAAAUCAGGUACAACUCCAAGAGAAGACACUGGAGGAGAAUGAACCUGGGUCUGUAAGGAGUCAACAAU